UUUGUUUCAGGUUUCAGAAUUGCACCCUUGCAUGCCCACUUCCGUAACCAACGCGUUUCUUGUUCGAAAAUCCAAACGUCACACAGUUAGGGUUACAACUCAAUCAACCUUCAAACUCUAAUUCAAUGCACACAAUCUGGAUCAAUUUCUUCACAUACAUACGCUAAUUCUUCUCCAGAAAUUAGCUUUUUUCUAGGUUUAUAGAUUCCAAUAAUCGCUGAUGCAGAAUGUGGAUAGAAAAUCGAUCAAGAACAGUAAUGUCGGUGAUCAAAACAAGAAUAAACGGAAGCGAUUGCGAUUAAUUGCAGCUGUGAUCGUAGGUAUAGUUGCCGCAUAUCUUCAUCAAUGUUGGCAUUCUCUCAGUUAUUCAAUCCUCCUUGAAACUUAUAUUUGUUCUAAGGAUACUUGUGGCAAUAAAGGCAUAGUUGAGGAAUGCUGUUGCGACUAUGAGAGCAUUAACGAUAUUAACGGAGCAGUUCUACAUCCAUUGCUACAAGAGCUUGUUAAGACUCCAUUCUUUAGAUAUUACAAGGUUAAGUUAUGGUGCGAUUGUCUGUUCUGGCCCGAUGAUGGGAUGUGCCGCAUGCGCGAUUGCAGCGUAUGCGAGUGUCCAGAAAAUGAAUUCCCGGAGUCCUUUAAAAAACCAUCACUGCAUACUCUUCCAAACGAUGACCCUGUUUGUCAAGAGGGAAAACCCGAGGCUACUGUUGACCGUACGCUCGAUGCUAGAUCGUUUAGAGGCUGGGUAGAAGUUGAUAAUCCGUGGACUCAUGAUGAUGAAACUGAUAAUGGUGAAAUGACGUAUGUUAAUCUGCAACUGAACGCUGAACGUUAUACGGGUUAUACAGGGCCAUCAGCAAGAAGAAUAUGGGAUGCUAUAUACACAGAAAAUUGUCCAAAAUAUGCAUAUGGAGAGACAUGCCCCGAGAAGAAAGUACUAUUCAAACUAAUAUCCGGUCUACACUCUUCAAUUUCAAGCCAUAUAGCUGCUGAUUAUCUCCUUGAUGAGACUAACAAUAAGUGGGGUCCAAAUCUUAAAUUGAUGCGCGAUCGUGUCUUGAAACAUCAUGAUCGUGUUGAAAACCUGUACUUCACUUUCCUGUUUGUUCUUAGAGCUGUGACAAAAGCGGCUGCGUAUUUGGAUCAAGCGGAAUAUGACUCGGGUAAUCAUAUGGAGGAUUUGAGAGCUCAGUUGUUGAUUCGGCAACUGGUUCACGAUUCUAAAUUGCAAGAUGCGUGUGCUCUUCCGUUUUAUGAGGCUGAACUGUGGCAAGGCCAAGGUGGGCCCAUACUCCGGCAGCAGAUUCAAAAUCAAUUUCGAAACAUCAGUGCACUAAUGGACUGUGUAGGGUGUGAGAAAUGUCGUCUUUGGGGAAAACUUCAAGUUCUCGGGCUUGGAACUUCAUUACAAAUUCUCUUCUCUGUUGAUGAUCAGGGAAACCCGGACCCACACCUGCAGUUGCAAAGAAACGAAGUGAUUGCUCUACUUAAUCUACUAAAUCGGCUAUCGGAAUCUCUUAUAUACGUUACUAAAAUGAGAGAUCAGAUUGCGAUAAACCCUCUGGCUAAAAUAAUCGGUUUAGUUCAAAGACAGUGGGGAUCAUCAAUAGCCCAUUGGUGGAAGAAGCUGUCAAAAUCUAACUAACCAGAGUAAUAUGUGAUUUGGAUGAUUUUUUUUUAUGGCGUUUGUAAGCAAUUUUCUGCACCCUUUCUUGUGACACAUGGAUUAUUUUCACGUCAAAUUUUGAUGCUUAUUCUUACAAUUCAUAAGAAAAUGAUGAGAUUGCGGGUCAGGCAAAUGGUACGGGUCAAAACAAGUCAUUUAUAUGUAGGUUGAAAUGGGUUGAGAUUUUCUUAACAAUAAUUGGUGUGUUGAUCAUGAUUAUAACAAGUCCGAGUAUCACCUUUACUCGUGUAUCAUAUAACAUGAGAAGAAGAAUAUACAUUUUUAGUGAUA